AUGGAUGUUGUCAAAGAAGGUUUCGUGAAAAUCAAGAGUAAACGUUAUGGAAUUUGGUGGCAAAGAUGGUUGGUACUUUACCGAGCAACCAGCAAAGGUACAACACGAUUAUCUGUCUAUUCCAACAACAAAGCUACAAAAGACAAACCAAAAGCUUCCCUUUCAGUGCAGUCCAUCCAAACAGUUCUACGAUUGAGCAGCAAAGUUAAAAAAUAUGCUAUUGCAAUUGUAACAAAAGACAAUUAUUCAUGGGAAUUGUCGUUUGAAACAGAAAGUGAUGCUGAAGAUUGGUUAAAUGCUGUGUUACUUGAACAACAGAAACGUGGUGUUGCUAAGUUCUUCUCUUCUCCUGGUGUCCACAAUAGAGUUCAAUCUGACCUUGACACAGACCAAUAUGAUAUCUAUCCAGUGUGUCCAAUGGCAUAUACUCAAUUGGGAGAUUUCCAUGGAGAAUGUUUGAUGGUGCUGACACCAGAAUCUAUUCAUCUGCUUGAUGCUGAUCAACCAUCAAAUUAUCUGGUUUCUUGGAAAAUUAAACACCUUCGUAAAUUUGGACUUAAUGCUGGACGCCUUCUCAUAGAAACUGGAAAAAAUUGCCCAAGUGGAGAUAAUGUCUUUGUGUUCACAAGCAUCUACAGUGAAGAAAUCUAUGAUCGAUUGCGCCAACAUGCACAUGUGUUAGCUCGUAGUGUGGUGCUGAAUAACUGGCCUCAUUCUGAUUCAGUUUUGUCUUUGGAUUCUACACAUAAUGAAUCUUCCUAA